AGCACAAUGCACGGAGCGAAGCGAGCCCCGCUUGUCUUUGUAGGAACCUGGCAGAAAUGUGCACCGGGAGGACAUGAUAUGGCAGAAUUGCAAUAAUAAUAAUAAGGCCACGCAGGAAAUUGGAGUAAAACGCUUUUUGUGUAUGUGUGUGAGAGGCAGAGAAAGAGUGUGUGUGUGUGUGAGAAGUGCCUAUGGCGGAGUUUGGGGAUGACGGCAGCCUGCCUCCAUUGAAUCUUGAGGAUACGACCGUGCCCAGCGACGGAGCAGCUGGCAAGACGCAUUGCGAAGAAGUGUCGGUCUUGAAUGGAGACUGUGGGAUAUCAGAAAAUAUGGUCGGUUCGGGAUCCAUCGUCCCACCUGGCAGCCAAGACGGGAUGGAAACCAGCGCCAACAACACCUCUGUCGGAUUGGAUGGCAAAUCUGAAAUACCACGCAGGAGCAGCAUAAUCAAGGAUGGCUCAAGGCAGCGUAAAGAAAGAAAGAAGACUGUAUCAUUCAGCAGCAUGCCCACUGAGAAGAAAAUAAGCAGUGCAAGCGACUGUAUAAGUGCAAUGGUGGAUGGCUCUGAGCUGAAGAAAGUGCGAUCAAAUUCUCGCAUUUACCACCGCUACUUUCUGCUUGAUGCCGACAUGCAGUCUUUGAGAUGGGAGCCCUCGAAGAAGGAAUCAGAAAAGGCCAAAAUUGAUGUAAAAUCCAUCAAGGAGGUUCGAACAGGGAAAAAUACAGACACUUUUAGAACAAAUGGAACCUACGAUCAGAUAUCAGAGGACUGUGCUUUCUCAAUCAUCUUUGGGGAGAACUAUGAGUCCCUGGACUUGGUGGCAAAUACUGCAGAUGUAGCCAACAUCUGGGUUACAGGGCUGAGGUACCUGAUCUCCUAUGGGAAACAUACCUUGAAUAUGAUAGAGAGCAGUCAGAACAACAUGCGCUCAUCUUGGCUAGGCGAACUUUUUGAUGAGGCAGACAUAAACAACAGCAAACAAAUAACGAUAUGUGCUGCUGUGCAGUUAGUCAAAAAGUUGAACCCGGGACUCAAAAAUGUGAAAAUAGAACUAAAGUUCAAGGAGCUUCAUAAAGCUAAGGACAAGGCAGGUUCUGAGGUGACAAAAGAGGAGUUCAUCGAGGUCUUUCAUGAUCUUUGCACCAGGCCAGAAAUUUAUUUUCUCUUUGUUCAGUUCUCCAGUAACAAAGAGUUCCUGGAUACCAAGGACUUAAUGAUAUUUCUGGAGGCAGAGCAGGGUAUGGCACAAGUCAGUGAAGACAUCAGCUUAGAGGUCAUUCAGAAAUAUGAACCAUCUAAAGAGGGUCAGCUUAAGGGCUGGCUUUCUCUCGAUGGGUUCACCAACUAUCUCAUGUCUGCAGAGUGCCAUAUAUUUGACCCUGAGCAAAAAACGGUGUGCCAAGACAUGAAACAGCCCUUGUCCCACUAUUACAUCAAUGCAUCCCACAACACAUAUCUCAUAGAAGAUCAAUUCAGAGGUCCAUCUGAUGUGACAGGGUAUAUCCGUGCCCUCAAGAUGGGCUGCCGUAGUGUAGAACUGGAUGUGUGGGAUGGGCAUGAUAACGAACCCGUUAUUUACACUGGUCACACGAUGACAUCGCAGAUUGUUUUUCGCAGCGUCAUUGAUGUCAUCAACAAGUAUGCCUUUGUUGCAUCUGAGUUUCCACUGAUUCUAUGUUUAGAAAACCAUUGCUCCUUAAAGCAGCAGAGAGUCAUGUUUCAGCACCUAAAGAAAAUCUUUGGAGACAAGAUCCAACUGGAUCCACCAAAACCUGAGGACUGCUACCUCCCUUCUCCUUUUGAACUUAAGGGAAAGAUCUUGCUGAAGGGUAAGAAACUCAGCACAAACUGCACUGCUUCAGAAGGUGAGGUGACAGAUGAGGACGAGGGGGCAGAGAUGUCUCAAAGGAUGAGCAUCGAGUCUGCAGAACAACAGACUAUUGCACCCAAGAAAUUCCAGCUGUCGAAGGACCUCUCUGAUCUGGUGACCUUGUGUAAGUCUGUGGAGUUCAAAGACUUCCCGACGUCUUUCCAGAGCCAGAAACAAUGGGAGCUCUGCUCUUUCAACGAGGUCUUUGCCAGUCGCUGUGCCAGUGACUUCCCAGGUGACUUUGUUAACUACAACAAGAAGUUCCUGGCGCGGGUUUACCCCAGCCCUAUGCGGAUUGACUCCAGCAACAUGAAUCCACAAGACUUCUGGAAGUGCGGUUGCCAGAUCGUGGCAAUGAACUAUCAGACUCCAGGCCUGAUGAUGGAUUUGAACAUCGGCUGGUUCCGUCAGAAUGGCAACUGCGGCUAUGUGCUACGUCCGGCGAUCAUGAGGGAGCAGGUUUCCUAUUUUAGUGCCAACACUAAAGAUUCGGUGCCUGGCGUUUCUCCACAGCUCUUACACAUCAAAAUCAUCAGUGGACAAAACUUCCCAAAACCCAAAGGCUCAGGUGCCAAAGGAGACGUGGUGGACCCCUACGUGUAUGUGGAAAUACACGGCAUUCCUGCUGACUGCGCUGAACAAAGGACUAAAACCGUCAACCAGAAUGGGGACAACCCUCUGUUUGAUGAGAGCUUUGAGUUUCAGAUAAACCUCCCCGAGCUUGCAAUGGUGCGCUUUGUGGUGCUGGACGACGACUACAUUGGUGACGAGUUCAUCGGCCAAUACACGAUCCCCUUCGAGUGUCUCCAGCCAGGCUUUCGCCAUGUGCCGCUGCAGUCUCUCACAGGAGAGGUUCUGCCACAUACCUUGUUGUUUGUUCAUGUGGCCAUAACCAAUCGAAGAGGAGGUGGCAAACCACACAAAAGAGGACUGUCUGUACGAAAGGGCAAGAGGAGUAGAGAGUAUGCCAGCAUGAGAGUGCUAUUGAUCAAGGCUGUGGACGAUGUCUUCAAAACAGCCCUGCUGCCACUGAGGGAGGCAACAGACCUCAGAGAAAACAUGCAGAAUGCCAUUGUGUCCUUUAAAGAGCUGUGUGGCCUUUCAGCAGUGGCUAACCUGAAGCAGUGCAUCUUGGCCCUUUCCCCUCGACUGACUGGGCCCGAAAGCAGCCCCAUUCUGGUGUUCAACCUCAGCGACCAGUACCCUAACUUGGAGCCCCAAGGCCUACUACCAGAGGUCCUCAAGAAAGUGGUCACCACGUACGACAUGGUGAUCCAGACCAGCAAGACUCUGCUGGAGAGCUCUGAGGGGGUGUAUGACAGAAUCCUACAAACUCAAAAAGCAGCGAUGGAAUUUCACGAGAACCUCCAUGACCUGGCCGUGAAGGAAGGGCUGAAGGGCAGGAAGCUGCACAAGGCGGUGGAGAGCUUCACGUGGAACAUCACCAUACUGAAGGGUCAGGCAGACCUACUGAAGCACGCCAGGAGUGAAGUCCAGGAGAACCUCAAGCAGAUCCACUAUGCCGCGCUCACCUGUAACCUGAGUAAAGGCGGACCAACGGGCAGCUCCUCCGGCUCCGAGUCCAAGAGCAGACGCAGCCUGGAGGCCAUUCCUGAGAAGGCCACCGCGGAGGAGGAGCUCACUGAUGAGGACAACUAAAAGACCCGCAGUCCUGCUCCGGUGCUCUCCCGGCACCCACAUUCAGACCUCUACUCUGUUCCUGCCUCUUGAGCUCAAAAACCCAAAGCUCUCUGUGUCUUUAUCCCGGCAUCAUGUGUUUUUCCACAUUCCAUCGUGUACAUUCCUGCAUCCCAGGCACAGCUGUAACCUCUCAGACUUCUGCCUUGUAAUCGUCAAUAAAAUGCCACCGCCACUCAAGGACGCGGAUCACACAAGGUUUGAGAGAAGUUCGGAAAAUGACUAUCAUUACUUCUAAGUCUUAAAAUGUUCAGGAGCUGCACUGAAAGCUUAAACACAUGCUACACAUCUGAUGCUGCCCGGCCAUUAUAUGCACACGUCAUAUAAAUACUGAAUCUCACCACGCAGCAAAAACAGAAACCUUUAGGGAAAGCUGAAAGGAACACUGACGACUCAGUGUCAGACAUAAAUCCGAACUUUCCAGAGCAUAAAACUCAUAAAUCCACAGUCCUAACAUUAGUUUGUUGCCCUCCCUUCACUCCUCUGACCCAGACUCUGGAGCUGAGUGAACUACCAGCCACGUGACCGAUUAAGACAUUGACCUACUGUUCAGAGACAGUGCACUUCUACUCAGCAGACCGGGGUGUUACCCGAGAAGACAAAAAAUUUAAAAAAAGAGCGAGACGUCAGGUUGUUGUAAGAGAUUUCUUAAAGCACAAUUUUUCUGGAGUUAUGAAUGUAACAGGACAGAGCGAGCGAGGAGCGAGCGGAAGGAGCCGAGGAAAGACGGAUGAAAACGUCACGAGAGUAAAGAGCUGUUUACAAUACUGAACUUUGUCCAUGUUCUUGUCUGCCAAAAUAGUAUAAAUAUACUAUGUGUAUA